GUGUUGUGCUUAUUUGGAGGUUAUACGGCUUAGAUUUAUUUUAGGGUUAUAUACGGUUUAGGCUAAUAUAUUUGAAUGUAAUUUAACGAAGAAUACGACAAGUGACUCACAAGUGUAAAAAGUGAAAAGUGCAAAAGUGUAAACAGUCAACAUGAUGACGAUAAGUGAGAGCCAGUUCUCCUCCAACAAGAGGUCCAGCAUCCACAAGAUCAACGACCGCGUGGUACACAGGGACAGCUUCGAUGACUGCACCAGCUCGUCCAGCGUCAACAGUUCCCUCAUCACCAAACGAGGGUUCAAACCCUCGGACAUGUUUGACCCCAAAAAAAAAGAGUUCCUAACCAACCUCAGCUAUAAGCUUUUCCCUGUAAGUUGGAACGAUGAAGACUUGUCCGGGAUUGAAUUGCCUCCACCGGAGUAUAUCCUUGAAGACUUGGAAAACAAACCGAUCAUCGUCGGUGAUAAGGAGGUGGACUUAAACAAGAUAUUCACUCCAGCAGCUGAUGCUGAGGAGCAUAUCAUCAAAAAAGAUAAGAAAUUUGAAAAAACCUUCGCAUCAUCAGCGUUCUACGUCCCCGGCGUCCACCCCACGGUUAGAGAACAGAUGGACCUCGCGCGAGCGAUCUCCAAGUCGCUGUCAGACUCGAGCAACCACAUGAGCAAGGGGCAGAGCAUGUAUGUCAACAGGAAGAAACGUUCCGUCAAAUGGGUGCACGAAGGACGAGGGCGCAACACAUCAAACCAAUGUACCACAGCAACACCAGUCGCGAACCACGAUACGCCGUACCGUCCACCAUCGAGUCUGCGAAACCAAAAAACAUACCCAAAAUCCGCUCUCAAACAUUCGUCGAAUAUACCAAAAAUGGAACCAUUUCCGCUAACACCUCCAACAAUAACGGUCCAAAAUGUCGAAUUGCCCGUACCUUUAGCACCAACUAAACUAAACGAUGUCUAUGCCUCACCAAAGAGCCCUCGUUUACCUUUAGUCUCUGGACCGAAUUUUAACGUAGCGCCGCGCGGCUGGGGUGAGAUGAAGGACUACUACAGACCUGUAACACUAGAUGGCGUUGGAAACGCUAAACCUGAUUACACAGAUUAUUAAGUUCUUAAACUAUAAACAAUAAUAAGUUAAGCAUGGAUUGAGUAUUCGUUAUGCCUAACUCCGAUUACCUAAUAAAUUAAAAUAAAUUAAAUGUUUUUUAGAUAGAAAUGAAUGAAACGGAUAUUAGUUGAAUUCAUUCUUAAUCUUAUACCUAAGACCCAGAAUUUAAGGUUUUGCAACGUAAAAUUGGAUAGGUAUAUUUUCGUGUAAUAAAGUCAUAUUUUUUGAAUAUGAAUUAUUUUAAUGGUAAUUCAUCAUCAUCAUCAUCAUAUCAGCUGAUGGACGUCCACUGCAGGACAUAGGCCUUUUGUAAGGACUUCCAAUCAAAGAUUACAGUGUAUAUUGCUUCCAAUCAUCACGAUACUGAGCCACCUGCAUCCAGUGAAUCCCUGCGACUCGCUUGAUGUCAUCAGUCCACCUGGUGGGGGGUCGGCCAACACUACGCUUACUAGUGCGGGGUCGCCAUUCCAGCACUUUGGGAUAAUAAUGAUAAUUAAUUAACAAUUAAUUUAGUGUUUUGUAAAAAGCUUACGAAUAUACAAUUCUUACUACAAGUUACUACCUGGUUUUAUAAGAAAAUUUAAGCACAUUUUCUAAUUUUUCAUAGUCAGUGUAAAUCUAUUUUUAAGUACUAUAUACUUAUUCGUCUUUGGUUUAAGCAUAUUCCCUAAUUUUGAAUCUUAUGGCUUAAUAGAUACUCAAUAAUUUAUUAUGUAAAUGUAAAUUAAUUGGUUAUAUUUUUUUAAUUAUAAUCAAAAAAUAAAGAAAAUGUUAAUUAACAUUCGGAAAUAUUGGCACAGUUUUACACAAAGUAAAACGAAUUUAAUUUUUCGAAUAUGUAUUAAAAUAUUUUGUAAUAGGACAUACUUCGAUUCUUUUUUUAAUUUUAAGCAUUUACAAUGCGUACCAAAUAAUUGCUAUAAUGAUCGUUUUAAUUUUAUUAAUAAUAAAGUGUAUACCUAUUGAAUCAUGUAUAAUUAUUUUUAAAAUAUUAAGGUAAGUUAACGAUUUAGUCCACUAACUAGUCAUAAUUUUACUUUAGUAUAAUUUAAUUGUGAGAUAAUAAUGAUAAAAGUAUCAACUAUAAAUAAAAAAUUAAAAAACAAGAGAAUAAUUUAAUAUUGUUAAAAUUUAAAAUAAAAAAUAAUAAUUAUUAAUUUAACUUAUUUUAAG